UUUGAUUAAGAUCGUGUUAUAACUACUAUAGCUAUAAUUAUUAUUAUGUAUAUAUAUAUUAUUAAUUAUUCGGGUGAAUUUAUCUUUUUGAUAGGUGACAAUUCCUACCUGUAGGUGUGUCUACCUGCGUGUUUCAAACACGGAAGUUUAGAUUUUUCUGCUCACACACACACACGCACACACUCCCACAGAGGGAGGGUAGAGGGGGAGAGAUUACUCGCUGACUUAAAUCUGACUCGUCACUAAUCGCCGUCAAACUUUUUUUUUUUUUUCGGAGACUUUCCGGGUCUCAUCCGGACUCCGACCGAGAUGUCGUCCGCCGGACAGAUGUAUCCAGACGGGCUGGCGGGGUCGGCAGGCCCCGGGGAGAGCCUGUCGAUCCACGGCAGCUCAGAGAAGUUGAGUCCCUCCAACGUCAACCGCAUCCUGAUGGAGUUUCUGUUCUACAUCGGCAGGGCCGUGCUGUGCUUCUACCCCGUGUAUCUGACGGGCUACCUGGGCCUCAGUGUCAGCUGGGUCCUGCUCGUCAUGUUGAUGCUGACCUGGUGGGGGAAGAACCGUCAGUGGAAGGACGCCCGGAUCGGGGGCGCGCUGGACUUCGUGGACAACGAGAAGGUGGUGAUCAACAAGGAGCUGCAGAGUGCUCUGCAGAUGGCAUCAUGGGUCCAUUUUCCAGAUGUUGAGAAAGUGGACUGGCUCAACAAGGUGCUGGACCAGGCCUGGCCUUUCUUUGGGAUGUACAUGGAAAAAUUCCUCAAAGAAAAUAUCCAGCCGUCCAUCAGACUCUCCAACGCGGCCCUCAGAAUGUUUAGUUUCACCAAGGUCCACUUUGGACACAUACCCCCAAAGAUCACCGGAAUUAGAGCCUACACUGAUGAAGUGGACCAGAGGGAGGUGGUUCUGGACAUGGACAUAUGCUAUGAAGGUGACGUGGACAUCGAUACUGUGGUGAAGCCUCCGGUCACAGCAGGGGUCAAAGGCCUUAAGCUGAAGGGGAUGAUCAGAGUCAUUCUGGAACCUCUCAUUGGUGAUGUCCCUCUGGUGGGAGGAGUCACCUUCUUUUUUAUUCGUCGUCCAACUUUACAAAUUAACUGGACGGGGAUGACCAACCUGCUGGACACUCCGGCCUUCAGCUCCUUGUCCGAGGAGACCAUCGUAGACAUCAUCGCCUCACUCAUGGUGCUGCCCAACCGCAUGUGCAUCCCCCUCAUAGACCAGGUCAAAGUGGACCAGAUGAGAUUCCCACUGCCCCGGGGUGUGGUCAGGGUCCACCUGCUGGAGGCCAAAAACCUGGUGGCCAAAGACACCUACAUGUUGGGUAUGAUCAAAGGCAAAUCCGACCCUUACUCUACGCUCCGAGUCGGCAACAAUCAUUUCAAAAGCAAGACCAUCAAAGAGGAAUUGAACCCAAAAUGGAAUGAAGUGUUUGAGUUUGUCAUCCACGAGGCCCCGGGCCAGGAGCUGGAGCUGGAGAUAUUUGAUGAGGACACAGAUAAAGACGACUUCAUCGGAAAAUACAGCCUUGACUUUGGCGUGGUAAAGAAAGAGAAAGAGAUAGACAAGUGGUUCACUCUGGAGGACGUCCAGCAUGGAGAGGUUCACCUCAAACUCCAGUGGCUUUCCCUCAAAACCGACGCCAGUCUGCUGAGUCAGUCGUCAAAUGGACUAGCCUGUGCGAUGCUUGCAGUCUAUCUGGAGUCUGCGUCCAACAUACCAAAAGACCACAGUGAGAUCACUGACAACCAGAAACAUGGGAAACACCACAAGGAGGCGCGGCUCACCAGGAGAACUCCUGAUCCCAACUCCUACGUGGAGUUCUCCAUUGAUAAGGAAGUUCGAAAAAGCAAGGUGGUGUACGCGACUAAAGAUCCAGUGUGGGAGGAAGGCUUCACCUUCUUCGUCCAUGAUGUGAAAACACAGCAGCUCAACCUCCAGCUGAAAGAACCGGAGAAGAAAAACCCCCUGGGCGUUCUGACGUUGCCCCUCAGUCGCCUCCUCGACACCUCCGACAUGACUCUGGAUCAGCGCUUCCUGCUGGAGCGCUCUGGAGCAAACAGCCAGAUUAAACUGAAGGCCACUCUCAGGAUUCUCUCCCUGGAGAAACCUGCCCCUAAGAUCGACCUCAGUCCUCCUCCUCAAGUCAAACAGAAUCAACCGCAGACCAACACAGGAAGUAAUGGAUUACCUCCGUCUGCUACGUCACCUGCCGCCAACACUAACCCCAGCUCCAAGGCUACACCUCCUAACACAUUCCCAGACUCCCAGAACGGCACCCAGGCAGAUUUCCUGGCCCACCGUCGCAGCUCCUUCUUGGCGUCCGAAGCCUUGAGGAACAAACCCACCACCGUGAGCAUGCGUCGCUACGACUCCCACAGUUUACUGUCGGAGAACUCCAUCGCCUCCUCACGCUUGGACGUCUCAGAUGGGGUGUCAUAUCCAGAGGCCCUGAAGAAGUAUCAGGGUUCCCUGGGAGAGAUCCACCUGACGGUGCGGUACGCCACUCUGAGGAACAAACUCAUCGUCCUGGUCAACGCGUGCAGGAACCUGUUCCCGUGCAGUAGCAACGGCACGGAUUCCUACGUCCGCCUGUAUUUACUCCCUGACCAAAGCUGGAGACACCGCAAGAGGACGCACGUGAAGAGGAGAACGAUCAAUCCUGUCUUUAACGACAAAUUUGAGUUCAUUGUGUCCCUGGAGGAGGCACAAAGGAGGAAGUUGGACGUGUCGGUGAAAAACAGCAGAAUGUUCCACACACGGGAGAGGAAGGACAUUGGCAUGGUGAUAAUAGAACUUUCACAGAUGGAUCUGACCAAGGGCACCACAGAAUGGUAUGAGCUCACGCUGCCUGGACUGAAGAAGUCCAACUAGGAAGUGGAAUCAACCGGCCGGUGAAGCAGCAAAACAGAAGUCCUAGUCCUAGCCCUAAUUCAUAUUCAGGGAACAAAAUCCAUUGUUAUUUUUCUUGCAGCUCUGUUUUCAUUUUUUUUGGGAGCAGGGUCAGGAGGUCAUCAGGGCAAGUUUUUAAUACGCCACUGUAAAUAUCCAGUCUCCUGUUGUUUAUGUUACAUAAGCGGUCGUCUACACGUUCACUGCUUCUGUUCAAAUCUCCACUGAACUUUAUUUAAGAACAUUGUUUAAAACUACUGUUCUCAUUUACGAAUCAAUACCUAGAUUUUAUUUGGCGUUGUCAGCUCCUAAUGUUUUCACAUCGUUUUAAACUGAAGUCACUGCUGAAGGAUCCAGUAGGAAGUUUGUUUAGGACUUUUUUUUUUUUCAUUUUAAUUUUUCAAUAAUGCAAACAGAUGUGAUAUAUUAAAUUUAGGGAUGUCCGAUAUUAACUUUUUGCCGAUAUCCAAUAUGGCGAUAUUAUCCAAGCACUUAAUUUCCGAUUGCGAUAUCAACCGAUACCGAUAUAGGCCUGGUAAUAUUUAUUUAUUUAUCUGUACAAACCACUGUAUGAGUACGAGAUUAAUUAAAUAAGCUCCAAUGCUGCCAUUUAGUGACUUUUACAUUAAUAUACAGCCGUUUAUGACCAAAACUAUUUAUAGGGCGCACAUCAUUUGGCGA